AUGUCGAUGGGAGUUUUAGCACUUAUGGCUUCUUCUUCAGUUGCCAAGGCCUUGACCGAUUCUUUUAACUUAAAUUUGCCAAAAACCGGUCAAAUUCCAACUGUUGGUGUCCAAUUUACCGCGCAAGGACUCAUAUGUGCCUUUUUAGUAGCCUUUAUUGUUCCUAAUAUUUAUUACCAAUGCUUUAAACAUAAUAUUACGAUCAAGCUACCUGAUGCAGUACCUCAAAACAUUGCUGGCGCCUUCAAAAAUAUUAUUCCAUUUGCAAUAAAUGGCUAUUUCGGCUUAGCAAUUGUUUAUGGUGCAAUGGCCUUUUUCUGGUUUAUUGGAAUUCAAGGUCCGUCAAUUGUCGAACCAGCAGUUACUGCAAUUUAUUUAAGUAAUGUUGAACUUAAUUUAUCGGCUUGGAAAGCAGGCAAUAUUGCCGGUGCUAACAGGAUUUUAGCUCAAGGAACACAAUAUUUCGUUGCAACUCUUGGCGGUACAGGCGCGACAUUAGUAAUUACAUUAAUGUUUGCAUUUUGGUCAAAGUCAAAAGAAUUAAAGGCAGUUGGCCGUGCAGCCUCCGUUCCGAUUUUUGUUGAUCUAUUUCAUAUGCCAGGUUUUAUUUACAAUUUGCCUUGGACAACACCAGGUACCCUUGGUCUGAUUAUGGGGACGGGAUUUUCUGUUGCCUAUGACACGCAAAAAUGUGCAGAAGAGGCUAAGAGUGCAGGUAAAUUGAACGUAAAGAAUGAAGAUAGUCAUUCUGUUCAAAGUAGCAAUGAGGAUACCAGCUCCAAAGAAGAUGCAAGUAAGAUUCCUCUUCUGCAACUAAGAUGGCAAGGCGCUAAAUGUCUUAGUUUUAUGUGCAGGUGGCGGAACAAGUGGUAUUUGGCUAAGGCCUUAAAUAAAUUAGCUACUGAGAACAAAUUGCCACUCUCUGUUGCUGCUGCUUCGUUUGGUGCACAUCAUGACCUGCUAGCAG